AUGCCUCGUCCCGUGCCAGUUCAGCCUCCCAACGACAUGAUCCCACCAGAGCUAAGGCGCAAGGGGCUCGUUCAGCGUUCGGAUCUUCGCAACGAGCGUAUGACCGAUGCCGAUGCACGCGAGGCCUUGUCCGAUUAUGUUGUAUACCGGUUCGAAAAGGUCAAUGACCCAAACGAGAUUGACGACGAAGGAAACCCCGUCAAAUCGACCUGGGAGAUUGUCAUCCGCACAGAGGUCCAAGACCUCUCCAAGCCGUCCAUAACUCGAACCAUUCGUGACCUUGACGCCGAGGGUAGGACGGCAAUGCAGAAGAAGCUGGACCUCACAGGGACACAGCAGCGUCAGAUCGAAAAGGCGCAAAACAAUCUCGACGCACACAACCUCGACAGGCGGUUCAAUUACACUCUGCAGCAGAUCAGCACCAAGAUCAGGAAGCUCAGCAAGGAUUCUAUUGAGUAUCGCCAGUACAUGGCUGAGAGAGAGUCCAAGAAGCCGCGCUUCGGCGAGGAUGCAAAGGCCAUCCUCAAAGAGAGGGAACGGGAGAUCGAGCAGCAACAACGUUUGCAGGAACAGCAGCGACAGUACCAUCAUGCUCAGCAACUGAUGGCACAGCGGCAUCUUCAUGAGUUGGCAAUGCGACGGCAACAUGAUGAGUUUCAGCGACAUCUCCCUCCACAGGGGGGGCCGCCCCGGCCUCCGUUGCCGUUGCCGAAACCUAUCAAAGAGAAAACCGAUGUCAAAAUCAUCAAGACAGAGAAGGGUAAAACCAAGGUUUAUAACAUCCCUUCGAGAAGUUCGGGAAGCUCUGGAAGCUCGCACUCGGACGAUAGUUGGAGCGAGUCAGGCCGGACGCCGAGUACAUCCGUCACCGGGUCCUCCGAUUCCAGCAGGCACAGCCCUCGCCGCGGUCGUCAUCGGAGUCGCGUUCGCAGUCGAAGCCAUAGCCGUAGUCGCCGUCGAUACCACGACCGGCCUGAGCACUACAGCAUCAAAGUAACCCGCCACCAUACGAAGCAUGACCAUCGCUUCCUCGAUGAUGAUGUCCCUCGAGGUCUUCUGCCUAAUUCACCUCCGCUAGCACCAUUGAUAAUGCCUGGCGGACCCGACCACUUAGAGCAUGAAGUAUUCCGGCCCCGACGGCUGGCAGAUACGGCCUAUGACAACGAGCUGGACGACAUUGAGCUAUUCAGUACCCUCGGCCGCCGUCGUCAAGUUGCGCUAUCGCCCCGUGUCAUACACAGGCGGCCUAGCUUCCGCAUUGUUGAUUCGGAAGAGGUUGUCCGUGCAAGACACGAAGAUGACUUGGAUAAUGUGAGAAGAUUGACGAUCCGUGACGAAAUGAGAUUUGAAGAUCAACGGGUGAGCGAGGAGGAGCUGGCUGCCGAUAGGCGAGAGGCCGACAUACGGAGGCGACAACUGGAAACUCGAUUCCGUCGGUCUUCUCUAGUAAGGGACGCUCUGUUUCGAGACGAGGAAACGUACGAAGAGAGAGCCCGAGAAGCAAAACAGUACAUGAAUCGGCACCUUAACAAUCCAUUUGAACCGCUGGGCCGGUCAGGGGCGAGGUACCACAAGUAG